AAUAAUCAUUACAGAAAGUUAAUAAAUUUGAGUUCAAAACUCAAUUCUAUCUGAAAGGUUAGCUGUUAAUGAUGCCCAGUAAUCAAGAUCAUGAAAUAUCAAAUGAAGACAAAGAAAAGUUACGAAAAAUAAAGGAACUUACAGCAAUGAUUAAGGAAACAGAUCAAAAUUUGACAGCUUGCGAAGAAUUAUUAAGAACUUACAUUCAAAAUCGAUUGAGGAAACAAAAAGAAGAACAACGACGGCAUCACCACUUGGAAAAUCGAAUGACAGAAAUCUUAGAUAAUUUGAAAAGUCGUUUGUUGAUAGAAUAA